AUGUUCUCUCUCCAGCGCUUGUUGCUUCAUCUCCUCUUCCUUCUGGCCACUGUCUCAGCCACGCCAUCGCAAUACUGCCUCUUUGGCCUUCCGCGCGAUGACAUCGACUUUUGCAUGGCCGUGUCGCUCUAUCACAACCACUCGACAUCAGCUCACGAUGUCUACCUUUCAAUGGCGGUGAGACGAUCGACAACAUCCAAUGGCACCUCUCUUGGAUGGACCGCCAUCGGCACUGGCCACAAGAUGGCCGGAUCUCUCAUGUUCGUGCUCUAUGGCGACCCCGAGGCGUCCGAAACCAAGCCGACGUUGAGCGUGCGGACCGUCAAGGAUGGCCACUCAAGCCCAGCGCAGGUUACCCAGCAAGACACUGGAAAGCAGCUGGACCUUCGUAUCUCGGAGACAAGCUGGAAAAAAGCAAAGGACGACGUGUACGUGGCCACUGCGUCUGUCGUCUGCUACGCCUGCUCGGAGUGGAUGGGGGCGGAAAUUUCGCCAGAGUCCGUCUCGCAGCCGUGGAUCUGGGCGUGGAACAAGAAGCAGGACAUGAAGACGUUUUCGCCCGACGAGCAGCUUGCGAUACACUCUGUGGUGGAUGGCUUCGGCUAUUUCUACGUCGAUAUGAAGGCGGCCACCUCGCACCAUGCUGAUGGCUUCCCGGCCUUCAACGUAACCGGCGAGGAUUCCAAUAUUGGCACUUCUAAUCGACCCAUCAAGGAGGAGAAGACGGGGCUGUGGCAGAAGCUCUUGUCUCGGCCGCUCGCCCACCUUCACGGCUUCUUCAUGAUGACCGCUUUUCUGUUGCUGUUCCCUGUCGGCGCCGUGGCAAUCCGCUCCGGGUCUGAAAAGUCAUUCAAAUACCACUGGGUCAUCCAGGCCACGGCCAUAGUGUCUGCCCUCUCUGGUGCAUUUGUGGCCGUUGCCAUGAGCGACAAGGUGUUUGGCUCCCCUCACCAAAUCGCCGGUUUCGUCAUUAUCUCGCUCCUGCUGGUGCAGGCAGUGCUCGGCUGGCGCCACCACGUCGACUUCAUACGCAUCUUCCGCCGCACCUGGAUCUCCUACGCGCACAUCUCUCUCGGCUUCGUGGUGCUGGCGAGCGGCUGGGCCAACGUCAUCACCGGCCUGGUGCUAUACGGCUUCAGCAAGUUCGGCAUCGUCAUGGUUGCCCUCCUCAUCCUGCUGGAGGCUGUCGGCGUGGGCGCCUGGUCGUAUCUGGCGAGACGCCGCUCAUUGACAAAGGGCGCACUCCAUAAGGAGACGCCGGAGUCUUCGGCGGCGUAUUUCGCCCUGGAAGAUAUCCCUGAGAGUGACGAAGAGGAUGACGCGGCGGAGGAAAGGGGGCUCAUGCAGAAACGGAAUGAUUAA